AUGGGUGAAAUGGUGGAUGGAUGUAAGCAAGAUGAAGGCGCAUUUGAGAAAAGGAUUCAUAUAAUGAAUGAUGAAGGUGAUGUUAUAAGCAUGUGCAUGAUGAAGAACAACUCGACAACUUCCCAAUCUGAUUCCAAGGAUGACCAGAAUGGAGUCAACAGAACACCAGACGAGUGGCUUCCCAUCACCAGAUCAAGAAAAUGGAAUUCGUGGACCGCAACAUUCCACUUACUUCGCUCGGGAAUCAGAAUCCAAACACUUUUUAUUCCCCUCGCCUUCCUUUACACCAUUGGGUUGUUAGUGAGUCUUCAUGAAUGCGUCUCGGGUACUCGCUACAGCCGAUACCUUCAACUUUCAAUUGUUUCUUUUGGUGAAAAGCUCGAGAAACUUUUUUCCCUAUUUCUGGUGAUGUAUCUUUCAACAGGCACGUUUAUGAAAUUCAUAAUCACAAGAUGUGGAGCGAUGAAACAAUUCUAUCAACUCAUAUGUGACGAUUGCUCUUCCAACUUGACAACCACGGAAUGGUUCUUGGUUUUCAUUUCAUUAGCAAUUCUUGUGUCCCUGUUUUGUCCAAAUUUGUAUUCAGUAGCUUUGGUCUCAUUUAUUGGAGGGAUAAUGGCCAUUGGAUAUUGUACGACCUUAUGGGUAUUGUUCGUUGCUAAUGGAAGGGCAAACGACACUGUCUAUGAUCCAUCAAAAGUAGUGGCAUCAGAAGCUGGUCGAGCCCGAAGUAUCUUGAAUGCUCUUGGGAUCAUUGUCGUUGCAUUUAGAGGUCAUAUCGUUGUGUUAGAGAUACAGGAUACAAUGCCAUCAACACCAAAUCUUUCAUCAGCAAAGCUCAUGUGGAAAGGAGUGAUAGCUUCAUAUGUUAUUAUUGCAAUGUGUUUCUUCCCCCUUGCAAUUGUUGGAUAUUGGGCAUUCAAAAACAUGAUUCCAACCAAUGGAGGAAUACUAACGACACUCCCAACCACCCUCCACCACCACUCAUCAAAACCAGUCCUUGGUCUCAUAUAUGUGCAAGUUGUCAUAAGUUGUGUUGCUGCUUUCCAAAUUUACAACAUGGCGGUCUACGAUAACUUAGAACGUGUGUAUGCAAGCAAAACGGGGAGGGAAUGCUGGAAGUUAACUCGUAUGGGAAUCAAGAUUUUGUAAGGAGGUUUGACCUUCUUUAUAUCGGUGGCGUUCCUGUUUCUACAAACCCUUGCACUAAUCAUCGGAGGGAUUGCACUGCAUUUAACAUUUGGGUACCCAUGUCUCAUGUGGAUUGCGAUCAAGAGACCACCAGUAAAAUCCGUAAGGUGGUGGUUUAAUAUUGGGCUUGGUUUCUUAAGGGUAGGGUUGAGUCUAUUGGUACUUGUUGGUGCGGUGUGGAACUUGGCUUGUAGACGUUUAGAUGCCUACUUUUUCCAUCCACAUUGAUUUAGGUCUACUUUAGAUUAAUUAAAAAACUAUUGAAUUUUUAAAUUUAGGUUCUGG